AUUAAAAAGAAAGUGAGGGAUGAAUUGACCCUCCUCAUCGUGAAUGCAUCCGCCACUGAAUGGGAUCAACAUGAUAUACCGAAUCUGUUUUCUAUUAAACUCAAGGCUUCAUAAGAAAGUAGUUGAGCGACAUGGGUUGCAUUUCUUCUAAGGAUAGUAGGCCAAACAGCCCAAAAGAGAGGCUAUCACGUAAAGGAUCAUUAGAUAGGCGUGUUGCUCAUGUUAAUUCAUCGAGAAGGGAUGACACAAUUCGAUCAAAGUCUAAAUCAGAUAGUGGAGAUGUGAAGGUUAUGCUAAUUGAUAAGAAAACAAAUGGUUCGAAUAGGUUAUAUGAUGAUCAGAUAGGCAAAAAGCAAAUAGAGAAUCAGAUUGAGAAAAAGAAGGUCGAGAAUUGUGAAGUUGCCGUUAUAAGUUAUCCUCAGGUUGAGAAAAAUAAGACAGAGAAGUAUCAUGUUUCAGUUUGUAGUCAUCCGGGUUGGGGAAGGGUGCCAAAGAGUUUGGAAGGAGAGCAGGUUGCGGCAGGAUGGCCAUCUUGGCUUGCCUCAGCAGCUGGAGAAGCUAUCAAGGGAUGGGUGCCACGGCGUGCUAAUACGUUUGAGAAGUUAGAAAGGAUUGGCCAAGGAACUUACAGUAAUGUUUACAAGGCCCGUGAUAUCACUCAUGAUAAAAUUGUUGCAAUUAAAAAGGUUCGGUUUGAUAAUAGUGAUCCAGAAAGUGUCAAAUUUAUGGCCCGCGAAAUUCGUAUUUUGCGUAGGUUGGAUCAUCCCAAUAUAAUUAAAUUGGAAGGCUUGAUAACAUCUAAGACAUCUUCCAGUUUGUACCUUGUCUUUGAAUACAUGGAACAUGAUCUUACUGGACUUGCCUCCAUUCCUAGCAUCAAGUUCACAGAGCCACAGAUCAAAUGCUACAUGCAGCAACUUUUAAGUGGACUUGAUCAUUGCCAUAGUCAUGGUAUUCUGCAUCGUGACAUAAAGGGUUCUAAUCUUCUUAUUGAUGACAAUGGCAUCUUGAAAAUUGCGGAUUUUGGCUUAGCAACUUUCUUUGAUCCUAAAAGUAGUGCUCAAUUGACAAGCCGUGUGGUGACCCUGUGGUAUAGAGCUCCAGAACUUUUACUUGGAGCCUCUCGCUAUGGAGUUGCUAUAGACUUAUGGAGCACUGGUUGCAUACUUGGGGAACUGUACACUGGCAAACCUAUUUUGCCUGCAAGAACUGAGGUUGAGCAAUUGCAUAAGAUUUUCAAGCUCUGUGGUUCACCCCCUGAGGAUUAUUGGAGAAAAUUGAAGCUACCUCAUUCAUCUGCAAUCAAGCCUCAACGACCAUAUAGACGAUGUGUUGCAGAAACAUUUAAAGACAUACCCGCUCCUGCAGUUGGACUUAUGGAGUCCUUGCUUUCCAUGGAUCCAGCUAAUCGUGGAACUGCAGCUUUUGCUCUGAGGGACAAGUUCUUCAGAUCAAAACCAUUGGCUUGUGAUCCUUCAAGUUUGCCCAAAUAUCCACCCAGCAAAGAGAUUGAUGCUAAAAUGCGGCAUGAAGAAUCUAGAAGGCUGGGAGUGCUUGGAGCUGGGGGGAAUGGACCACAAGAAUACGGGGCUACCCUAGCAUCUAAUGCCAAUUCCAAGUUGGCAAUGUUGAUACAGGAAAGGCAACCUUCCAAUGCAAAUGGUGGAGGUGAAAUGUUCAACUCUCACAAGGGGCAAACUGUUUCUGGUUUUCUGGUUGAUCCUUCUAAACAAAAUCAAGUUGCUAAGGAAGGGAGAAGAGAUUUCAUGGAGAAUCAACUUAAGAAAGUUUCACAUUCUGGGCCAUUGGUCCAGGGGACAGGCUGGACAAAGGCUGGAAAGGAUAUUGAUAAUCCUCAUGCAGUGUCAACCAGAACCAACCUAUCAACAAUAUCUGGUUUAGUAGCAGCUAGAACUUCAUUGCCUGAUGAUUGGCAGGGAAGACCUAGUACUUCACAGACUGAAGCGGUAAAACAGGUAGGUGGGUUUCAGGGAUCAUUAAAUGGAUUGGAGCCCACAACAAAGAAGAGUCAAAAACAUGAAGUGCGUAAGCGUGCAGAUUCUCCUCAGGCAGAUGAUGGAAAAUCCGGAGGAGCAAGUCUGUAUGGUCGUGGGCCGAGGGGAAGCAAGAUAUAUUUCUCUGGACCAUUACUCGUUCCAUCACACAAUGUGGAACAAAUGCUCAAAGACCAUGAUCGUAAGAUUCAGGAAUAUGCACGACGACGACUGGACAAGACAAAAAUGGGAAAAUGAAUGUCCAAGGGAAGCAAUAAGCUGAGCCUUUGACAUACAUCUCUAAGCAUUCAGGUGGAUUAAUCGGAAACCUUGAAUAGUAAUUGGUGGUAGAGUAAGGAAUCGGUAUAGCAAAUCACCCCAUGGCUCACAGUACAAAGGAUGUCUUUUUCAUUGAGAACAACCUUUUUAAAAUAAUUGUAGUAGAUAUAGUAUCACCUAGCAUAGGCCAUAGUAAUAGAACUCGUAAAUUUCUACACAGAAAUAGAAAAAAUCAAAUCAAGUGCAGAGAUUUUUUAUUUUUUUGGGAGCAAUAUCCAAUAAACAUUUAUAGAGUUAAGGUCUGUACAUCAUUACAUCAGACCAUAUAAGAAAAAUCAAUUGAACUUAUUGACCAAUUAGCAAUGAUAUGAGAUGAGGGAAAUUUUAGUGUU